GGGGGGGGCUCGAGAAGUGAGAAAUAAAACACCUGUCUUCGUGCGAACAUUCACUAUGUAACCGUGCUCGUAGGUGAUCACGCGACCACCACUCGCAGGACGAUGGUGCGCGAUGCGGAUCCAGGUCCCGACGCGUGUAACCUGAAGGCAGUUCUCGCAUGGAGGGAGAGAGUGAACGACGCUCGGUUGGCCGCUAACAAGUGCCAACGAAAUCGUCCUUUACACCGGCGAAAUUGAAGGGCUACACGAAGAGGAAGCGGACUCCCCCGUUUCUUCGUUAAUCCGCUCGUGAAACCCGGCCAACGGGGUGAGAGAAAUCAUCGAGCCAGACCGGCGAAUUAACGAAUUAUGAAGGAUUACUUGGAUCAAUUCGCGACGAAUCUCUAAUUGCUCGAUAAUCGGCGGCUCCGAUUAGAACGCGAGUUUUCGGUUUCUCGGCGUGUCGGAAGAGAUGCGAAGCGCGUGUCGAGGAUCCUACGACAAGGUCCAAGAGAGUCGCGUCCAUCCCGGGACAUUAUUCGCAGAGCAACGAAUCGAUCCGAGUCUAGAUUGAAUAGCAAGAUUGGAGCGAAUCGAUGACCCGAUCCGCCUACGAGCUCGCCGCCGCGCACUUGGCUGGGAUCGCGUUGAAUUUUCGCGUUGAUAUGCGAGCUUCGUAAGGGGGCGAGACUCGACGUAGGUAGACGCCGACGCAAGGGGACAAUGGCGAGCGAGGUGAACGCGACGAAGGUGGAGAGCUCGAUGAGCCUCGUGUCAACGAUAUCCUCGUCGCCUGGGGGCUCGGUUUCAGCAGCGAUCGCGACCGCUGUCACGGCAAUCCCGACUAAUCCGUCCACGACAGUAACGGGUGGAGCUGCGGUCACGAGCACCGCUAAACCCGAUCAUCACGUCUACAACGCGACCGGCUACCUCGUGGAACACGACGAGCUCGAUCACAGUAUACUCGCCGGUUUCUCAGAUAUACAGACAGUUUUUCUAGCGUGUAUCUCGACGUUGCUGCCGUUGAUCGUCGCGCUGGGGAUCGCCUUCGGCGUCAGGCACGUGUGGAGAAAAUACCGAAACAGGCGAGACAGUUCGAGUGGAUUGCCCUGGUACAGGAGUGUAUACUCUCGAGACAAUACAGCCGAAUCCUUGCAUCAUCGCCCCCACUCGGGAGGCACCACCGUUCAAUCCGCCACGAGGAUCCUCUCUGCCCAAGACCUGGUAAACGGCCUCGAUAGACCAAGGUACGUUUGCGAGACCGAAGUCAUGGAGGAUGUGAACGUGGCAACCGCCACCCCCGUCGAGUACACGCCUCCUGGGAACACGAAUAAAAAUGCGAAUGGGAACAUCAUCACCCUCACCUUAAAAAACAACCAUCUUAUCGUAGAGACGGAGGAGAGAGCGGUGACGAUGGAGGAUAACAAGACUCGCACAAGGUACCAGGACAACGGGUGCUCGUUCGUGGUCGAGGUGCAGCCGAGCUAUCAGAACGAGGGGGCGGAGGCCAGCAAGGGAUCCACGGACGACGUGGAUCAGCAAGCUCUGGUUCACAGGGAAGAAAUCGCCGAGGAUCGGACGUCGGGUUUCGAAAACACGAGGCUGUUCGGGAGCACGAACACAGGAUUGUCGCAGUCGGAUCUCUCCAUCUCUAGCCAAGGCUCGGUCAAUCCCAGCUAUCGUUACGGGAAUCAGAUGGAGUACGACUCCGGCCACUUGGGUUACCCUAUGUACGGGGGUAGUUACGAGUCGGACACGUUAUCCCGGAAGUUGGAGGGUGGCUCCAAGUGGGUGGAAUUCGACAAGUCGCCGGACACCGAGAAGACGUUGCUGUCGAAACCGUGCGGCGUCGAGGCAACGAGGGACGGCGAGGAGAGCCCAUCGAUGACCGGGAAACAGAACAAUCUGGACGUUUCUCAGGGGUCGGGGGGCUCGAUGGACCAACAGGAUUCGACGGACGCGAGCAUUUCCACGGACACGGUUCGCUCGAAUCCGAAUCUCCAGGUGAACGGCGGCAUCCCGAGUGAAACGCAGCAACAGCAGCAGAAAGCCGGGAGCAACGAGGUGGUCGGGAGGGCGGAGGCGAAUAAACCGGUGAUAACGGGAGCGUUGCUCAAGGACGACACGCAGGAGGACACUUUCCAGGAACAGCAGAGGAAAUUGGGCAACGGCACUCUGACCCCCGAGCACAAGGAUGGCGAAAGGAUGGGGAAGAAUCAGAAGGCAGAGACCGGGAUCUUCGUGCCGAGUCACAAACGGAGCGGAAGCAUCCCCCCCCGAUUGAUCGAGGAAAGCCUGGAAUUGGAGUUGGAGCCGAGGAAAUCGUUGGACAUUUACAGCCAGAUAAAGACAAGCACGAAGAGCAUACUCCCAGGAUUGAGCCCCAAGUUCGAGCUUCUUCAGAACGAAGUGAGCCCCAUCGAGGAGAAGGAAAGUUAAUGGGGACGGAUUCUUCGUCGGCCACGGUCCGCCAUUUUCAAUUUCGAGGGACGGACGAUCGCUCGUUCGAGAAUAUAGGAGAGAUGCGAAACGAUUUUCUACGAAAAAUUUUGAAAAGUCCAGGAGGUUUCUACUCUCCCCCACCACUUCUACUUUCCUCCCCUCGCCCUCCCCUCGAAUACUCGCACAGAGCGAAAAUCAAAAUUAGACCACGGCCGAGUCCUUUCCAAUGGGAAGAAGAGGGACCCCCCACCUCGCCCCCCUCCAGUCGAGAACGAUUUUUAUCUAUAUAAAGGAAAAAUUCCAAAAAGAAAAAAGAAAAGCUCAUUGUAGAUAUCUCAUCAACUUCGACAGAUUUUAUCCGGGUCUUCUUUUCGAAAGAAGGGAACCGACUCUCCGGCGAUGGGGGGGAUACGAUCCCCCCACCCGUUCCGUAACGAGACACCGAGGUAAAACCGAGGUAAACUCGAACGUCGCUCGAAGAACUCUUCGAAAAGACGACGAGAAGAGGAGGAGCACUGAUAAAAAAAAAAUCACCAAUGGGUGGAAAAGUUGAGCGGGUCGAAAUUGGUCGUAUCCAAGGGGAUAGUAAACCGUAGGAUUUCGAUUCGACGAGCUCGUAUCCCCUAACGACUCUAAUUCCCUCCCCCCUCCUCUCUCCUUUGGAUAAAUUCGCCAAAGCGAGGAGAUCCACGGGGAACAAUCGUCUACUAACGAACUCGACGCGCCGUCCUCCUGUGUGCGACGCACGCCACAACGAAGGGGGGAGGGAGGAGGGUCGUCGAGAGGUCGUCGAGAGUCCGCAUCUGUGGAAAGUGAACGAGAUUCUUCGCGCGCGCGGUGUUCGAACGCGAAUUAAGUUAAUUUUUUGGAAACGAUAGAUGGGGAAGGAGAGGUAGGGGAGGAGAAAGAAAGACGAAACCGUUCUGGGAUGUUUCGAUUUCCCUCCUUCCUCAUCCCUCCCCGCUAUUCGUUCGAACACUUUCGAACGUCGGUUCGGAAGAUUCUUCGAGCGGCGCGUACCUCUCUUUGUACAACUGUCUAUCCAUCUAUCCGCGCCACGAGGGAUAUUACAUCGUAUACGGAUACCGAAUUUUUGUAAAUGAUUGAUGCCGAAGGGAAUCGUAUCCCGGAUUCCGGGAAACGAAUUUGUUUUAAAAAAAAACCAAGAAUUUGCUAAGAAAUUUUCUAUUGCGUAUCGCGGGAAGAGAAAAUAAACAGAUAAGGAGAUAUAGGAGGGAGAUAAGCGUUUAAGCGUUUAAGCGUCGCAAUAUGGAACGUUUUAUUAUUAACGCGCCCAUGGGGAUAACGAAGUAAGAGUCUCUCUCUCGAAUCGAGUCAGCUCUCGAUUACGGGAUCAUUCUAUCUGGGAGAAUAAUUCCAGAUGGACGAAUGGAAAACGUAAAAGAAAAGAGAGAAAAAAAGUCAUAUAUAUAUAUAUAUAGUUAAAUGAAACGUUGAUGAGCAGAGAGUCGGGCAGAGAGGCUUAAGAUUAACGUUACGUGGAUUCUAGUGCCAAAAUAGUUCCUUAAGGAGGUCUCUUCGAGGGCAACUCGACGAAACGUAUUUGCUGAGAGAUACGAUUGUACUCGACGAUUCUCAUUAUUAUUAUUAUUAUUAUUACAAUUAUUAUUAUUAUCGUAAUUAUUAUUAUCACUUGUACGUUUCGAUGCAAAUGCCGCGUUACCAGUAUUUCAGAUUUUAUACGCUUCCGUUGACGUUAAUAGCGCGAACGAAGUUGUUGUUGAUUGAUAUUGGUGCUAUCGCGUGUGGAUCUGUACGAGGGGGGACCGAAUACGUCCCUCUUUGAAUUCGUUCAGCCUCCUCGUUAACCGCGAUGAGACUCUCCCCCUUUCCCUAAUUGUUAUUUUCCAAAUAGAAGAAGAAGAAGAGGAAGAAGAAGAAGAAGAAGAAGAAUUUCCUUUUUUUUGGAGGCGGUACGUAACGCCGUUUUUUUUUUUUUAGCACACUCGACCAAUUAAUUGAAAACGAAACGGGACUCGAAUUUCCAAUUUCGAGAUUUGUUGGAAGGUUUCACGAGGAAUCGCUUCGAAACAAGAGACGAGAAACAACCAACCCGUUAGACGCAACUCCUGUCAUUCGAUUGCCAUUGUCGAGCCCGAGCCGAUAAAUUGCCACGAUGAAAAAGAAAAAAAAAGAGAGAGAAAGAAAAGAGAGAGAGAGAAGAAGGAAAAAGAAAAAAACGACAAACCCUUGCCGAGUAAGGCAAUUAUUCACCACGUCCACGUAAAGAUAAUAGAGCGUAGCUACAUCUAUCUAGCGAUUAAGUAUCGUACGUAAAAAAAGAAAAAAAAAGAAAAAAAAGGAAGAAAAAAAGAGAGAGAAGAAAAAAAAGAAACUUAGCCAUACACCGCACACGAGUAAAGAACGGAAUCGAUUCAUUUUUUCGACUCAUCACGUACCACUACGUCUCUCCCGCUUUCUAACGAGUAAAUCUAGUUCCCAGAUUUAGUUUCUCGUGUGAUCGUUACUACUACUACUACUAUUACUACUACUACUACUACUACUACUACUAGUACUAUUACUACUGCUACUACUAGGUGGUAUUAGAGGUCUAACUC